ACAUUCUAGGAUUUAUAUGAACCAUAGCUGGCUAUCUUAGUACUUAGUUUUCCUUCAUAGCCAUUGUUUUGAGAAAGAGAAACAACAAAACAAAAGAGAUGUUGAAGCUGUCGUGGAGAGAAGAGGUACUAUUGAUAGUGCAGAACUAUUACGACAUAAUCGUGGUCGCAUUAUUCUCUAUAGGAGUAACAUAUUUCGCUUCAAAAGCUUGGAAAAGAGCCACAAACAAUAGAGAAGGUAUCCCUGGAAGGCUCGGAUUACCUUUUAUAGGGGAAACUUUUUCUUUUCUUUCUGCCACUAAUAGUACAAGAGGAUGCUAUGAUUUUGUCAGACUUAGAAGAUUGUGGAAUGGGAGAUGGUUCAAGACAAGGCUAUUCGGGAAGAUCCACAUAUUUGUUCCCAAUCCUGAAGGUGCAAGGAUCAUAUUUGCAAAUGACUUUGUUCUGUUCAACAAGGGUUAUGUAAAGUCAAUGGCAGAUGCUGUGGGAAAGAAAAGCUUGUUAUGUGUACCCGUUGAGAGCCACAAAAGAAUAAGGCGUCUUCUAUCCGAACCAUUCUCCAUGACUUCCCUAUCUGCAUUUGUAACCAAAUUUGACAAAAUGUUGUGUGGAAGGCUGCAAAAGCUAGAAGAAAGCGGCAAAAGUUUCAAGGUGCUGGACUUCUGUAUGAAGAUGACAUUUGAUGCAAUGUGUGAUAUGCUGAUGAGCAUCACGGACGAUUCAUUACUACGACAGAUCGAGAAAGACUGCACUGCCGUCUCCGAUGCCAUGUUAUCCAUUCCUAUCAUGGUUCCUGGUACCAGAUACUAUAAAGGCAUUACGGCUCGUAAAAGACUCAUGGAGACCUUCAGAGAGAUGAUUGGCAGACGUAGGAGAGGAGAAGAAUCUCCAGAGGACUUCCUUCAGUCCAUGUUGCAGAGAGACUCACUCCCAGCCAGUGAAAAGCUUGAUGACUCAGAGAUUAUGGAUAAUCUGUUGACAUUGAUAAUAGCUGGACAGACCACCACAGCAGCAGCAAUGAUGUGGAGUGUAAAGUUUCUAUAUGACAACAGAGAAGCAGAGGACAUACUCAGGGAAGAACAAUUAUCCAUAACCAAAAUGAAGCCAGACGGUGCUUCAAUUAAUCACGAAGAUCUCAACAACAUGCGUUAUGGCUUGAAGGUAGUUAAGGAAACUCUGAGAAUGUCCAACGUAUUGUUAUGGUUUCCUCGUGUUGUACUUCAAGACUGCACGAUCGAAGGGUAUGAUAUAAAGAAGGGUUGGCACGUUAACAUCGACGCAACUUAUAUACAUCACGACUCCGAUUUGUACAAGGAUCCGUUGAAAUUCAACCCACAUAGAUUUGAUGAAAUGCAAAAGCCAUACAGUUUUAUACCUUUUGGAUCAGGGCCCAGGACAUGCCUUGGGAUGAAUAUGGCGAAAGUGACAAUGUUGGUCUUUUUACACAGACUCACCGGUGGUUAUACGUGGACCGUCGAUGAUUUAGAUACAUGCUUGGAAAAGAAGGCACACAUACCUAGGCUAAGAAGUGGCUGCCCAAUAACUUUGAAGUCCUUAAGCAAAAGCAUGCCAGAGGCAUAAAAGGUCGUAGGGAUUUACAAGACAAGCGAUGACCUAAGAACAAAGCAGCAGGCAAUUGACCAUAUUUGCAUAUUUAUGAGAUUUGGAGCAAAUAGUAUCACAGGAAAUAAAUCUGUGGAAUUAUAUAUUUUAAAUCUCCAGUUCUACUAGGGAUUGGUAAGCCUAAUCUAUGGCUUGCAUACAAUAUAUAAACUGAGUUACGAGUUGAAUGUAGAUUACCUGGUGGUGGAUGAUGUGUCCUGUUAAACUUUGGGAGAAAUCAAAAGAAUAACCAGCUGCUGGUAAAAAUAAUGCGCGAGAGAAACCAGCCUCUUUAUUUCA